AUGGAGCAACCUCUCACCUGCAACAAUCAGAACGGAGGUGCCUGCCGAGCUGUCCUGAAGCGGGAAGCAGUGGUCACGACAUGCUCGCACAUCUUUUGCCUCUCCUGCGCUCAGACUACCGGCCUGGCUGAAGCACCACUAGACCGACGUCGCUGCCCUGCCUGCCAGAGCCAGCUACCCAGCCCUGACGAUGCUGUCCAGACACGAUUGAACCCUACAGAGGAGUACAAAACCAGCGUUCUCAGUGGCCUCGAUCCGGGGGCUAUUCUUGAUUGUGCUGGAAGAGCUAUAGCAUUCUGGACAUAUCAGAUCACGCAUGAGAUUGCUUAUCAGCAAUAUGUGGCCAAAAAUCUCACGGACAGAUACACCAACCUCAACGCAGCAAUGGACAAUGUCGUUCACGAAGCCAAUACCGAGAUUCAAACAAUGCAGAAGAAAUUGGAAGAUCUUAGUCGCGCCCAUCAGGGCUUGCAGCAGAGAUAUGACGAGUUGGCUGAUUCUUACCGAGAAAAGAGCCGCAAGCUGGGCACCAUUCAGAAGCUUUACAACGCUAUCAAGCAACGAGAUCAAGCUCGGGAGAUGAUUGCGCCCGCCGCGUCGAAGGAUGUUGAACAAACACUCCAGUCACUUGGCAGUGUUCGACGAUCUGAAGCAGGAUUUCCAAAGCCAGAUCUGCGUCGACAGACACAGCCAGGAACAAACCCAUCUCUGCCUGAGCGAGGACCACACCCAAUCGGAGCUGCACAUGGCGGUGUCGAGCAGCUCCAUCCUCAACAGAGGUCCGGCAGCAGUGUUCUCGGUACCCAUCAAAGAGGGAUGCCAUCUGCACGCACACUCCCGGUCACCAAGCUUCCAACUGCUGGUGUCUCUGGCACUCCCUUACACCGAGAAGCUUUGCCGACGCACGCUAGGACAGCAGUCAGUCGAUCACAAAUCCCAGUGACGUCCACAAGGGCUCAAUUCCAGCAUGAUCAACAUGUCCCAGGCUCUAGCCGACUACAAUCCAUUCAGGCUAGUAGCGUGCCGGUUUCGAUGCAGAGUCACAGUGCUAUUCCGUCUGGCGUCAAAAAUGGUCGACCAGGCACGGCUGGAUCGGUUGAUAUGAAUCCAAAGUUCGACCAAUAUGCUGGAAAAUUCUACCAUACCACUCACCCGUGA